AUGACCGCGACCCCUCGUCCGGGGACACCCGCCGCCGCCGCCGCCGCGCAGCACCGCGCCCCGGGGCCACGGAUGAAGAGAAUGAAGUCCCCUCUUUCACCUCAGAAAGACAGGACGGACGCCCAUGUGAGCAUGGCUGUGACUUUGGAAGAGGCUCCGUGGCUGGGCUGGAUCGUGGUGAAAGCCCUGAUGAGGUUUGCCUUCAUGGUCGCCAACAACCUGGUUGCUAUUUCAUCUUACAUCUGCUAUGUAAUUAUACUUCAGCCCCUUCGACUGCUGGACAGUAAGCGGUUCUGGUAUAUUGAAGGAAUCAUGUAUAAAUGGCUUUUAGGAAUGGUGGCUUCUUGGGGAUGGUACGCUGGAUAUACAGUGAUGGAAUGGGGGGACAAUAUUAAAGCAGUUUCACAAGAUGAAGCAGUAAUGUUGGUCAAUCAUCAGGCAACAGGAGAUGUAUGCACUCUGAUGAUGUGUCUCCAGGACAAAGGACUGGUUGUUGCUCAAAUGAUGUGGUUGAUGGAUCAUAUUUUUAAGUACACAAACUUUGGAAUUGUUUCUCUAAUUCACGGAGACUUCUUUAUAAGACAGGGAAAAUCUCAUCGUGACCAGCAGCUUCUUCUUCUCAAAAAGCACCUAGAAGAGAAUUAUAGGAACAGAGAUCGAAAAUGGAUUGUUUUGUUUCCAGAAGGGGGCUUCCUCAGGAAGAGGCGAGAAACAAGUCAAGCAUUUGCCAAAAAAAAUAACUUGCCAUUUCUUACACAUGUCACUCUGCCAAGGAUUGGAGCAACAAACAUUAUCUUGAGUGCACUUGUCGCACGACAGGAAAAUGGAAGUCCCGCAGGAGGAGAUGCUAAAGAAUUAGAGAGCAAAUCAAAAGGCCUCCAGUGGAUAAUAGAUACGACUAUAGCUUAUCCCAAAGCUGAACCCAUAGAUAUUCAAACCUGGAUCCUUGGGUAUAGGAAACCAACAGUCACACAUGUACAUUACAGGAUCUUUCCAAUCAAAGAUGUACCCCUGGAGACGGAUGGCCUUGCUGAUUGGCUCUAUCAACGUUUUGUUGAAAAAGAGGCGCUCUUAUCACAUUUUUAUGAAACAGGGGCUUUUCCACCACCCAAGGGCCAUAAGGAAGCUGUUUCCAGGGAGAUGACCCUCAGCAAUAUGUGGAUAUUUCUCAUACAGUCUUUUGCAUUUUUGUCAGGCUAUAUGUGGUAUAACAUCAUCCAGUAUUUGUACCAUUGCCUGUUUUAGGAAUUGACUUGGACUUGUCAAGGUCACCAUAGGAGUUCAGACUUUCAUAAGUGUGCAUUAUUUUACAUGUGCAAAUCAGAAUAUAAAAAAAAAAAGCAAAGGAAAUUCAAUGGAUGGAUAAUUUAUCCCCCUUUGGGAUAUCUUAAAAUUCUACUAAAAUGAGGAUCAGUAAUAUAAUGACCUGCUAAUAUGUUUUAAGGACCUUUCACGUUUUAAAAAGAUACACUCUACCACACACUUAAGCAAACAUCACAUUCGAGAAGAGGAAAUCAUAAAAUCAUCCUAGAAGACUAUCCGAGAGAAAUUCUGUUGCCACCAGAUAUACUUGGUAAUCUAGUUCAAGCUCAGAGAGUUGGAUUCCGUUCCUCUUAGCUAGUGUACUGUCUCUAGGAGGGCAGAGCUGUAGAGCCUCCUCAUUUCCACCAACUCUUGCUGUGUUGCUAGGAGCCCGAGGGGCGCUGCGCGGCAUCCUCCACAGGUCCCCUGUGGAUCGCAGUGACACUCCGGUGUCAGGCACGCCCGUGGGGGAGAAGCAGUGUCCACUGGACACGUUCCGGUACUAGAGUUCCCAAAAAAGGCUAGCUCAGUCCAACAUCGUGUUUACAUGCACUAGUGCUUUCCCUUAAAUGAGGGGGGGGGGGUCACUUGACUUCUCUUUAUGUAUAGAGGCAUAUCAUAGAUUGAUAAUUGUCUUCUACCAAAUGCACUUUUAUCAGAUGCAUAUAUAGCAAAGGAUUAGUAAUACAGCCUGAAAACAAAUGUGAGCAUAAUCAGUGAGUGGGAUUCUUGAGAGGCUGUCCCGUCUCUGCAUGUGUCCCUGGGCGCCCCCCUGCACGGACUGCCGCACCCACCGGAGGCUUCUGUCCAGCUCAGAGACUUUGUUCCGCCCGUUUGGGCUUUUAGCGCCAAAUGUAUUUGGGGGUGGCUGGAACAAAUUAAUGCAAAACAUUGAAAUGAUCACUUUGAGGUGAGAUAGGGGUUUUAUUAGAAAAAUAAGAGCUAGAGCCAGACAUAGGCUUAAAAUGGUGAUAAGUUCUCACAUGGCACCCCCAAACCUGUGUUCCAUCAUCACCUCAAGUUGCUGCCCACGUCAGGGUGGUGUAACCGGGAGACAGACCCACGCAAAAGGCUUCCCAAUCUCUUACAAUUGCCUUUAAAGAGGAUAGAGUCAAGUUUCUGUUUCUGGAGAACACUUUUUUCCUCCACUCUCUGUUCAUGUGAUUUACCUCACAGUAGAACCAGGCUCUUCUCAGAAAGUGCUGGGACUGCAUCUGUCCCUCACCUGCACUCCCAGUGUUGAGACAGAGUUGGUGUUUUGGCUUGGGAUUGUAAGACUCUGAAGAUCCUAGUAAGUCAGUGGCAGUUUUCUGUGAUAUGAACAUUGUAGAUGCCCCCUGUUGUCGCUAGUCCUACAAAUGGCAAUUUUGACAAGUAGGCCAGAAAAUAAAAGACUAAUGUUUUCUAUUUUUAAAUAAACCAAAAAAGAAAAAAAAAAAAAGAAACUGAAAAGAUGUGAAUUUUCUCCCAGUUAUGUGGGAAAGGUAAAGCAACACCAAAUACAAGCCCACAGCAGCUUCACCUCCAGGUUAAUUCCAUGCACAUAGGAAAGAGAAUAAUGUGUUAAUGAAAUACCUCAUUGCAUAUUAUGCUGCUACUGGUAAAAUGCAGAAGCCAGUGCUAAUGUGUGUGCUUUGGUUGGGGUCGUCACAAGACGCAAUUUUUUUUGAAAUCUAAGCAUUUUAUUGGGUGUUUUACAGUGACAGUGAGUAGGUGAAACCAAUCUUGAUUAAGAGGCACAGAUGAUGAUAGGAAGACAGAUAGAAGCUUAAUGACGCUUCUGUUUGAGGUCCAGCAAACGCUGCUAGAUUACAGGCGGAAUUGAAAUUGUUCAUUUGA